UCGGGGACUCACAGGCUGAUAGCACUAGCACAGGCUACAUUACAAGGAGGAGGCAGCUGGUGAAUAAGAGCAGAGUGUGAGAGAGACUACACCGGACUAAAACAAAAGAAAGAACGGGAUGGAGUAAAGCAGGACAGCGCUGAGUCGCUCGGUUUCUCUCAGUCAUCUGACGCCUGCUGAAACACUUUGUUUCGAGUGAUUUCGUGCUUUGGUGACUAAUAUAAAACAAUUGAAAAUGCGCCUGGCAGUUUGAACUGUGAUGGGGAGAGACUCUGUCGUUGUAAGUGUGUAUAUCGUUCGUCCCGGCUGUCUGUGUCGAUUCCUUCACGUUUAAACUUCACCGAUAUGCUGUGCUGAAUGGUUUCGCGAGGAUAUACGUUUGAAAACAACAGCUGAAGCGAAUCCGCGUCAGCUAGCUCGCUAGCGAGUGUUAACUAGCAUUGACAUUAGCCUGCUCCUCAUGGUGGACAUUUAAAUACACCUCAAAUGUAAUCAUCCUGGCUGUUAUCGGAAAGUGUUGGUUUUAUGUGGAAAUUACUCGAGCGGCAUCAAGUUGCUUCUCAAAAAGAGCUUGCUCUCUUGAGCUGCGUCUAUAACUUUAUUGGAGACCAUCCUCUAGAAAUGAAUCACCACGACCGAUCCGGGGACUCCGGCAGCGCCCGAAAAAUGGUUCACCCCAUGAUUUUACCCAAACGGGAGAGUAGCUGCAGCUCGGUGGUUGGAUCCUCUACAUUGACAACUUCUGGAAGCACCAGCCUUAAUAGCAACAACUUGAUGCUGGGGGAUGAUUAUUCAUCUCCGGUGCUGAUUCAGUCUCAAACGCCAGCUGCAUCCUCGCUUGGGUCCCAGAACCCUCCCCAGAGCCUGAAUAUCCCCGUGCAGGCCACCCUGUUACCCCAAGCUCUGCCUGUCACAGUGGCGCAGAUGAAGAAGAAGAGUGGCUUUCAGAUCACCAGUGUUACUCCCGCUCAGACAUCUGUCAGCACCAACAACAACAUUGCAGAGGACACUGAGAGCUGUGAUGACUUGGACGAGUCCCACACCGAAGACCUUUCGUCCUCUGAGAUCAUGGAUGUGUCUCUUUCACGGGCCAACGAUGCGGGGGGACCGGAAAGGAGCUCCUCGGAGGAGACGCUGAAUAACUUCCAUGAGGCGGAGACCCCGGGGGCCGUGUCGCCCAACCAGCCUCCCGUUCUCACCCAAGCACACAUGCACGGCUCUAUGGUUAAUGGGACUGUUCACCAUCAACACCAUAAUCCUGCUUCAUCUGGAAAAGCCCAUUUUGCUGGUGGGACCCAGAUUGGUAUACCUUUGGGUGCCGCAGUCACAUCUGCGGUGACCUCAAGUUCUGGAGCUUUAGCUAGCACAGGCCAGAAAAUGCUUUCAAAUGUGGUAGGAUUGAUUGAGCACGCCUCUGUUGGCUCAACUGCUGUCAUCGGUCAGCCUUUGGCUUCUGUGGCCUCAGGAACUGGAAUGAUCUCUGUGACUUCAGGUGCCACAGUUAGUACUGGUAAACCUAUAACGAAUAAUGUUUCUAUGUUAAAUUCAGCCAGUGUGCCUGCUGUGGGUGGCAAGAGUACCAAUAGUAGCAAUGUAAACUACUCCCCUGCUUUGAAUAGUAUUAGUAACCAAACUGUAAACUUGUCACACGUUCCUAGUGGAAUAAUUGGCAUGGGCGUCACUGCUGCUACCACUGUUUUGGGUGGUGUUGCUUCAACAGGUGGAGGGCAGGUGGGCCCAGCUGUCAUGGGCCAGCACACAAUGCCUGCUCCCUCUGUCCCGUCGAUGAACGCUCUGCCUCAACAGGCUCAAGUGCCUACUCCAGCCUCCACCAGCUCACGUUUUAGAGUGGUCAAAUUGGACUCUACCUCUGAGCCUUUUAAGAAGGGUCGGUGGACUUGCACCGAGUAUUACGACAAAGAGACCCCGAGCACGGCGACCUCUGAAAACGCCCCCAGCACCCGAACAGUGGAAAGCAUCCGCCAGUUUGUGCCUGAGAGUGCGUCCUGCCCAGACCGUGAGAGUGUCAGCAGCACGGCUAGCCAUUAUACUGAAAGUCUGGGGAGUGGGGAGACGGGUGGCCCCUCAGCUGUGAAGCAGAUGUUCCAGCAGCCCGCUGCUCAGAAGCACGACUACUCAUCUUCCCAUAAUGUGUCUAUGAGUCAGAUGCAACCCCAAGAUGUUCAUGCACAGAUUAAGACUAGUGCAGUUGCUCCGAUGCCGGCGAGCAUACAGCCGCAGAAGCCGCCGGCAACUAUGGGAGGACUACAUACCACAGUCGGACAUUCGACUGCAGCCGUGCCCCCUCAUAUGCCCAAACUGACAUAUGCCCAGGCAGCACAAUCCCCCCCUGCUCAAACCCUGCCUGUGGUGACCCAGCAGCAGAUGGGCUACCCGCCCGCACAGCAUCCGGCUGCACCGGCCCAGGUUACGCCGGCACACAUUAACCCCUUAAGCCAUGGAGGCAGCCUGCCACAUGACUUCCCUCAUUCGAAGCAGAUCAUGAACACUGUGCCACCUGGGUCAACACAAACACUUCCCCACAUGUCUGCCUCCAUCCCUCCAGCUUCGCAGCAGCCCGUGGGCACUAUGCAACCCCCUGCUGCUCAACCGCUUCUGCAAGGGCUCCUGCAGCCACAACAGACACCUGCCCCUCAGAUGGUCCAGGUCGUGCCGCAGCUAGUGCAGUCCACCGGUCUCAUACAGCAGACCCAGGGGCAGCAGCUCGCCCCUCAACCCUCCAUGGAGCAGCAGUCACAGCUCAGCAGUCAAGGCCGUGGGACCCAAUUUGUGACCUCAACAAACAUGCCUCCUAAUCUUCAGAGUGAUCCCCAGUCCAGUUUGAUUCAGAAUGGCUCAAAGGAACCCGGGCCGCAGCCUGCGGUGAGCACCCUGUCCUCUGUGAUGCCCACCCUGCAGGAGGAGGCCCAGCUCCUGUUACAGCACUCUGCUCUGCUCACACAACCCAAGACGAGCGGUGCUGAAGCUGCCUCCCAGACCGGCACCUCCCGUGGUCCUGAGGGGAGCGGUGGAGUCAAUGCCUUAACUGCCUCGGCCAGCCUGCUGAAGAGCUUACCUGUGGAUGGAGAAGAAGAUGGCUCGUCGGGUGCCAGUGUUGUGGCCAUAGACAACAAAAUCGAACAAGCGAUGGAUCUGGUGAAGAGUCACCUGAUGUACGCAGUCCGUGAAGAGGUGGAGGUGUUGAAGGAACAGAUUAAGGAGCUGAUUGAGAGGAACUCUCAGCUGGAGCAGGAGAACAACCUGCUGAAGAACCUGGCCAGUCCGGAGCAGCUCGCACAGUUCCAGGCACAGGUCCAGAACGGCUCUCCUCCGCCGCCGUCCUCCACGCAGACUCCUGUCCCGCCAGCCCAACUCGCAGCACAGACCUCCGGCCCGUCCGCAUAGCACCCGAUGACUGGUCCUCUUACGGGCCGAAGCUUCUGAACAAACAUGCCUCCCUCACAUGUUAGACUGACGAAAUGUGCACACCUUUCAAAACUUGACAAUGUCAUACUGAGGUGAUUUUACACGCCAGUGACAAUCCAGUUGGCUGAGGUGGGACGUUGCCAAAAUCCACGGAAUGUAAUGGUCAGGAAAACGAUCCUGGAGGACGCCAUAUAAAGAAUCAAUGUGCCUGUGUCUAAACUCCCGCUGGUUUUCGGCCUAGUGUCUCCCUUCCCUUUGUAGUGUACAUGCUGACAGCGGUCUUUUAAGAUCGCGAGCUUCUAAUAAAGCAAGCACUUUUAUGGUGACGAAUGUGAUGGGACUUUGAAGAGCUGCCGAUCUGUGCCCCAGCUGGCAUGGGGACGGCAGACACAUUGACUUCCACAGCUACAUUGGUGUAAUCAUGAUACUUUUUGUUUUUUGGAAGCAAGUAAACGAGGAGGGUUGAUGCUUCAGAUCCUCAUUCGUUCUCCGUGCAGUGAGAAUGACGGAUGAGUUGAAUUGUGAGGCGGACCGGCUGUAUAUUAUUGUAUGAUUAGUGUAAGUAUUUUGUAAAAUUGCAAUAUCAUGUGAAGCGGCUAAAGAGACACUAUAUAGGUUGUACAGAUUUAAGGUAGUUGGCUUACCCAGGAGACGACAUCAUCCUCUUUUUUUUUUUUUUUUUUUUUUUUAUGCUGUUAAGCAGGAUCGUUCUUUCAAUAUUUAUCUGACAGAUGGAAACUACUCAUCUAAUGCCUACUGUACACUACUUUGUUCCCUUGAGAUGAUUUUGAAGUAUUACACCCAUGUGAUUUCUGUUUUCAGUUUGGACAGUGAAGUAUUCUGGCUCAAUCUUUGAAUUUAAAGUUACUCAGUCUCGACUAUCAUAUAGCUGACAUGGAUUUGCAUUGUGUACAACUUGUAUUGCUUAUGUUCUGCUGUGCAUGUUCUCAAAACCAGAAGAUAAUUUGUAAAAACGCUGUAAUUGCACUUGCCAGUUGCACUUCACAACCCUCAAUAAAGUCAUGUUUGUGAA